GCUAACUUGGCAAAACAGGAAGGCUACCUGAAAACAGCUAAUGAAGAAUUAGCAAAGGCUCAGGAGGCAUUAGAUGACAAGCAAGCUGAACUGGAUAAAGUCCAGGCAAAGUUUGAUGCAGCAAUGAAGGAGAAAAUGGACUUACUGAAUGAUGCAGAAACAUGCAGAAGAAAGAUGCAAGCAGCCUCUGUGCUUAUAGAUGGACUGAGUGGAGAGAAAGUUAGGUGGACUCAGCAAAGUAAAGAAUUUAAAUCUCAGAUUAACAGACUUGUGGGAGAUGUACUGCUCUGCACAGGUUUUCUUUCAUACUGUGGACCUUUUAAUCAAAACUUCAGGAAGCUUUUGCUUAAAGAUUUAUGGGAAGCAGAGAUGAGAGCCCAUAAAAUCCCCUUUUCUGAAAACUUGAACCUGAUUUCUAUCUUGGUAGAUCUGCCAACAAUAAGGGAGUGGAAUCUUCAAGGACUGCCUGGAGAUGAUCUCUCAAUUCAGAAUGGUAUCAUUGUCACUAAGGCAACUAGAUACCCCCUUUUGGUAGACCCACAAACUCAAGGAAAAUCAUGGAUUAAAAAGAAAGAACAGGAUAAUGAAUUACAGGUAACAAAUUUGAAUGACAAGUAUUUCCGUACACACCUAGAAGAUAGUCUUUCACUGGGACGAUCACUCAUGAUUGAGGAUAUAGGUGAAGAGUUGGAUCCAGUCCUUGAUAAUAUAUUAGAAAAGAAUUUCAUUAAAUCUGGAACUUCUUUUAAGGUGAAAGUUGGUGAUAAGGAAGUAGAAGUUAUGAGUUCAUUUAGACUGUACGUUACUACAAAGCUACCCAAUCCUGCUUUCACGCCUGAAAUUAAUGCAAAAACAUCAAUUAUUGAUUUUACUGUUACAAUGAAAGGACUUGAGAAUCAGUUACUGAGAAGAGUAAUUCUUACUGAAAAACAGGAACUAGAGGCAGAACGAAUUAAACUCAUGGAAGAUGUAACUUUUAAUAAGAGGAAGAUGAAAGAACUGGAAGACAAUAUUCUGUACAAACUAAGUGCAACCAGAGGUUCUGUAUCAAAGUGUUCACUAAUAGAUGAUGAAUCCUUGAUUGGUGUUCUGCAAACAACUAAGCAAACAGCUGCUGAAGUAGCUGAAAAGUUGUCUGUGGCAGCAGAAACUGAAGUGAAGAUCAACACUGCUCAGGAGGAAUAUCGACCUGCUGCUACACGUGGAAGCAUUCUUUAUUUUCUUAUUACAGAAAUGAGCAUGGUCAAUAAUAUGUAUCAAACUUCACUGGCUCAGUUCUUGAAGUUAUUUGAUCAAUCCAUGGCCAAAUCUAAGAAGUCUCCUUUGCCUCAGAAAAGAAUCUCAAAUAUUAUUAAGUAUCUUACCUUUGAAAUCUAUUCAUAUUCUGUUAGAGGCUUGUAUGAAAACCACAAAUUCCUCUUUACCCUCCUCCUGACAUUAAAAAUUGAUCUUGAGAGAGGACAUGUGAAAAACAGAGAGUUCCUUGCACUCAUUAGAGGAGGUGCAGCAUUGGAUCUACAGGCUUGCCCACCUAAACCUUUCCGCUGGAUUCUUGACGUAACAUGGCUAAACCUAGUGGAAUUGAGCAAACUUCCACAGUUCGCAGAAAUUUUGAAUCAGAUAGCCUGUAAUGAAAAGGGAUGGAAAAGUUGGUUUGAUAAAGAUGCUCCUGAGGAAGAAAUUAUACCCGAUGGAUACAAUGAUUCACUUGAUACCCUUCGCAAGCUUUUACUCAUCAGGUCUUGGUGUCCAGACCGAACACUUUCCCAAGCUAGGAAAUAUAUUGCAAGUUCCUUGGAUGAGAAAUAUACAGAACCAGUCAUUUUGAACUUAGAAAAAACUUGGGAGGAAAGUGACACAAGAACACCUCUCAUCUGUUUCUUGUCUAUGGGAUCUGACCCAACUAUUCAGAUUGAUUCGUUGGCUCGGAAGCUUAAAUUAGAAUGUAGGACCAUCUCUAUGGGUCAAGGACAAGAAGUUCAUGCACGCAAAUUCAUACAGAUGUCAAUGCAACAGGGAGGAUGGGUGUUACUUCAGAAUUGUCAUCUUGGACUGGAUUUUAUGGAUGAACUACUGGAGACGCUUCUUACUGCUGAGAUACAGGAUGAGACGUUUCGAGUUUGGAUAACUACUGAACCACAUCCUAAAUUCCCAAUUACACUGCUACAGGAACGACGCAAGUUUGGGCCUUUGGGUUGGAAUAUUCCCUAUGAAUUUAACUCAGCAGACUUUACAGCCAGUGUUCAAUUUAUACAAAAUCACCUAGAUGAAUGUGACAUCAAGAAGGGGAUAUCAUGGAACACAGUACGCUACAUGAUUGGAGAAGUACAAUAUGGAGGCCGAGUCACAGAUGACUUUGAUAAGCGUCUUCUUAAUUGUUUUGCAAGGGUAUGGUUUAAUGAAAAGAUGUUUGACAGUACUUUCUGUUUUCACACUGGAUAUAAAAUUCCAGUGUGCAAAACCCUGGAACAGUAUUUUGAGUACAUCCAGUCUCUCCCUGCCAUGGACAGCCCAAAGGUCUUUGGUCUCCAUCCUAAUGCUGAUAUUAUAUACCAAAGUAAUACAGCAGCUGAUGUUCUAGAUACUAUUACCAACAUUCAGCCUAAAGAAAGUGGUGCAGGACCUGGAGAAACUCGUGAAGCAGUUGUUUAUCGUUUAGCUGAAGACAUGCUAGAGAAACUUCCUCCAGAUUACAUACCCCAUGAGGUAAAAGCUCAUUUAAUUAAAAUGGGACAACUUAACUCUAUGAAUAUUUUUCUUCGGCAAGAAAUUGACCGAAUGCAAAAGGUGAUCACAAUACUCCGCAACAGUUUGAAUGAUCUUAAAUUAGCCAUAGAAGGAACUAUUGUUAUGAGUGAGAAUUUGAGAGAUGUACUUGAUAAUAUGUAUGAUGCUCGAAUUCCUCAAGUAUGGAAAAGAGUAUCUUGGGAUUCUUCAACACUUGGCUUCUGGUUUACUGAACUUUUGGAAAGAAAUAAUCAAUUCUCUACCUGGAUAUUUGAAGGAAGACCAAAUGUGUUUUGGAUGACUGGAUUCUUUAAUCCACAAG